AUGACGCUCGAAAACGAAAAGCCCGCCGGGGUUACCCAACAAAACUCGGCGGAGGUGAUCGAGAAGUCUGGCAAUGGCCACUCGGACAGGGCAUCGUCACACGGCGACUCGACUGAGGUGGACGCCUCCGGCCCGCCCAAGAGCCGGAGCGCUGAGCCCAACAGCCUCGAAAAGGCCGAUUCCAAAGCCAUUGCGCCCAAGGAACCCAGCGAUGACCCCUACGAGCACCUCCCCGAGGACGAGGCCGCCAUCCUCAGGCGCCAGGUCUUCACCCCCGAGGUCAAGGCCGGCAUUCUGACACUGUACCGUUAUUCCUCGACCAACGACCUUCUCAUCCUCGCCGUCGCCGCUCUUGCGUCCAUCGUCGUCGGCGCCGCUCUGCCCCUCAUGACCGUCGUCUUCGGCAACCUGCAGGGCACUUUCCAGAACUACUUCACCGGCAUCAUCACCAAGGACGAUUUCAACCAUAAGAUGGUAAGCCUGGUUUUGUAUUUUGUAUAUCUUGCAAUCGGCGUCUUUGUGUGCCAGUACAUUAGCACGGUCGGCUUCAUCUACACCGGAGAGCACAUUAGCGCCAAGAUCCGCGAGCACUACCUACAGAGCUGUAUGCGCCAGAACAUUGGCUUUUUUGACAAGCUGGGCGCCGGCGAGGUGACGACCCGAAUCACGGCCGACACCAACCUGAUCCAGGACGGCAUCUCCGAAAAGGUCGGCCUCACACUCGCCGCCGUCGCAACCUUCAUCUCGGCAUUCGUCAUCGGCUUCGUCCACUACUGGAAGCUCACCCUGAUCCUACUGUCCACCUUCGCCGCCCUAAUGCUCAGCAUGGGCGGCGCCUCGAGAUUCGUCGUCAAGUUCAGCAAGCAGUCGAUCGAGUCUUACGCCCAAGGGGGCAGUCUCGCCGACGAGGUCAUCAGCUCCAUCCGUAACGCCGUCGCAUUCGGCACCCAGGACCGCCUGGCCAAGCAGUACGACGUGCAUCUGACCAAGGCCGAGAAGUACGGCUACCAGGUCAAGGCCGCCAUCGGUAUCAUGGUCGCCCUUAUGAUGACCAUCCUGUAUCUGAACUACGGCCUCGCCUUCUGGCAGGGAAGCAAGUUCCUCGUCGAGGACGGCAUUCCCCUGUCCGAUAUUCUCAUCAUCAUGAUGUCCGUCAUGAUUGGUGCCUUCAACCUCGGAAAUGUCGCGCCCAACGCGCAGGCCUUUACGACCGCCCUCGCCGCCGCCGCCAAGAUCUACAAUACCAUCGACCGUGCCUCCCCGCUGGACCCGUCGGCCGAGGACGGCAUCAAGCUCGACAAGUUCGAGGGCUCCAUCCGUCUUGAGAACAUCAAGCACAUUUACCCAUCCCGCCCCGAGGUUACCGUCAUGGAGGACGUGAGCCUGACCAUUCCUGCCGGCAAGACCACGGCUCUGGUCGGCGCGUCUGGCUCCGGCAAGAGUACGAUUGUUGGUCUCGUAGAGCGUUUCUACGACCCCGUCCGCGGGUCCGUGUAUCUGGACGGCCACGACAUCAGCACUCUGAACCUGCGCUGGCUCCGCCAACAGAUGGCCCUCGUCAGCCAGGAGCCCACGCUCUUCGCCACCACCAUCUACCAGAACAUCGCGUACGGCCUCAUCGGCACCCGGCACGAGAAGGCCACCGAGGAGGAGCGGAAGAAGUUGAUCGAGAACGCCGCCAGGAUGGCCAACGCACACGACUUCAUCAGCAGCCUUCCCGAGGGCUACAUGACGAACGUCGGGGAGCGCGGGUUUCUCCUCUCCGGUGGUCAAAAGCAGCGUAUCGCCAUCGCUCGCGCCGUCGUGUCCGAUCCCAAGAUUCUCCUCCUCGACGAGGCCACUUCCGCGCUCGACACCAAGUCGGAGGGCGUCGUGCAGGCCGCCCUCGAAGUUGCUGCCGAGGGCCGCACCACCAUCACCAUUGCCCACCGCCUGUCGACAAUCAAGGAUGCCCACAACAUCGUGGUCAUGUCCAACGGCCGUAUCGUCGAGCAGGGCACCCAUAAUGAGCUCCUUGCCAAGAACGGUGCCUACUGUAACCUCGUUUCCGCUCAGAACAUCGCCCGCGUCAACGAAAUGAGCCCCGAGGAGCAAGAGGCCAUUGACGCCAAGGAUGACGAGCUCGCUCGCGAGAAAUCCCGCGUCUCUGAAAAGGGCUACGUCGUCGACCCUGAAGACGACAUGACGGCUAAGAUGCAACGCACCACCACCUCCAAGUCCCAGUCGAGCAUUGCCCUGCAGAACCGGGCGGAGGAGGGCGAGGCCAAGUACAGCCUGUGGACCCUGAUCAAGCUCAUCGCCUCCUUCAACAAGAAGGAGUGGAAACUCAUGCUCCUCGGUCUCCUUUUCUCCAUCAUCUGUGGCGGCGGCAACCCGACCCAGGCCGUCUUCUUCGCCAAGCAGAUCACGACCCUGGGGGUUACCAUUACCGACAGCACCCCCGAGGCUGUCCGCCAUCAGAUAAAGAAGGACUCGGAUUUCUGGAGUGCCAUGUACCUCAUGCUCGCCGGCGUGCAGUUCAUUGCAUUCGUCAGCCAGGGCGUCAUCUUUGCAAAGUGCUCUGAGAGGCUCAUCCACCGCGUCCGCGACCAGGCCUUCCGCACCAUGCUGCGCCAGGACGUCGCCUUCUUCGACAAGGAGGAAAACACGGCCGGGGCACUCACCUCGUUCCUCUCCACCGAGACCACCCACCUGGCCGGGCUCAGCGGUGUCACCCUCGGCACCCUUCUCAUGGUGUCGACGACCUUGAUUGCCGCCCUGGCCCUCGCCAUCUCCAUCGGCUGGAAGCUCGCGCUCGUCUGCACCGCGACCAUCCCGAUCCUCAUUGGCUGCGGCUUCUUCCGUUUCUGGAUGCUCGCGCACUUCCAGCGUCGCUCCAAGGCGGCUUACUCCAACUCGGCGAGCUACGCGUCCGAGGCCAUCUCCGCGAUCCGCACCGUCGCCUCGCUCACGCGUGAGGACGACGUCAUCCGCCAGUACCAGGAGUCCCUGGCCAUCCAGCAGCGCGCGAGCCUCAUCUCCGUUCUCAAGUCCAGCUUGCUGUUCGCCGCGUCUCAAUCUUUCAUGUUCCUGGCCUUUGCUCUCGGCUUCUGGUACGGCGGCACGCUCAUCGCCGACGGCGAGUACAACAUGUUCCAGUUCUUUGUCUGCUUCUCGUCCGUCAUCUUCGGCGCCCAGUCCGCCGGGUCCAUCUUCUCGUUCGCCCCGGACAUGGGCAAGGCUCACCAGGCCGCCCGCGAGCUCAAGGUGCUGUUCGACCGCAAGCCGACCAUCGACACCUGGUCCGAGCAGGGAGCCAAGCUCGACGCCGUCGACGGCACCCUCGAGUUCCGCGACGUCCACUUCAGAUACCCAACCAGGCCCGAGCAACCCGUCCUCCGCGGGCUGGACCUCGUCGUCCACCCGGGACAGUACGUCGCCCUUGUCGGCGCCUCUGGCUGCGGCAAGUCCACGACCAUUGCUCUGCUCGAGCGCUUCUACGACCCCCUCGCGGGCGGCAUCUUUGUCGACGGCAAGGAGAUCAGCACGCUCAAUGUUAACGAGUACCGUUCCUUCAUCGCCCUUGUCAGCCAGGAGCCCACAUUGUACCAGGGCACCAUUAGGGAAAACAUCAUCCUCGGCGCCAACAGCGACGUCACGGACGAGGCCAUCGAGUUUGCCUGCCGUGAGGCCAACAUUUACGACUUCAUCGUCUCGAUGCCCGAGGGUUUCAACACGGUGGUGGGCAGCAAGGGCGCCCUGCUCUCUGGCGGACAGAAGCAGCGCAUCGCCAUCGCCCGUGCCCUCAUCCGCGACCCCAAGAUCUUGCUGCUGGACGAGGCGACGUCGGCCUUGGACUCCGAGUCGGAGCACGUCGUCCAGGCCGCGCUCGACAAGGCCGCCAAGGGCCGCACGACCAUCGCCGUUGCGCAUCGGCUCAGCACCAUCCAGAAGGCCGACAUCAUCUACGUCUUUGACCAGGGACGCAUCGUUGAGCAGGGCACUCACGCCGAGCUGAUGAAGCAAAACGGCCGCUACGCCGAGCUGGUCAACCUGCAGUCACUGGAGAAGAGUGCCUGA